AAAACGAAUACUUUCAUAAGAACAAUCAAAAAGUGUUAAAUUUGACAAUAUGUCUGUCAUUGUUACAUUAAUUAUUUUUGAAUUUCUCUUAUUCUUCUGUAGUGAAGCAUUUCACUGUUAUAACUGCGCAUCCAGUUUACCCUCUAAUAUUAGUAAGGAUGCACAACGAGCAUUCAAAACGGUACUUUAUUCGACCUUUAUGGUACCACCAGUUGAUAGGUCAUGUAUCAACUCAGAAGAUGUCGAGUUCAAAAGUGUAAAACAGAUAAACUGCUCACCGGACGAUCAAUGUAUCAAAAUCACAGUACGACAAAAAGAUUUAAAAUUCGUCAUGCGUGGCUGUCAAAGACUUAUAUAUCGUGAUAAGCUGACUGGUAACAAUUUCGAAUGUCACCAUGAUCACAGCCCUUCAGUUUGUCGCUGUAGCGGUAAUCUGUGUAACAGCGCUUUGAUAUUUCCACUUCAUAGUUUUAUAUUUUACUUAGUAUUUCUUAUGAUUUUGUUAAGAUUUACAUAACUUCUAUUUUAUAAAAUUCUUUGUGACGGACAAAGCCGUGUGACAGUUUAUAAUCGAUGUUGACAUGCAGCUACGUGAUAAUUUAUAAUCGAUGUUGAUAAAGACGAUUUAG